UAUUUGGUUUACAAGUUUUUACUCACAGCUCAUAGAAACUUAAAAGUACUACCUAAUCAGACUAUGGUGUUGAUAAUUCUUAAUGCAACAAACUGAUAGCCCAUAUCUUACCUUCUCCCCGUUCAUAAAUACCCCAGCACAUGCAACACUUCCUGCAUCUCAACAAGCCAAGAUAUCGAACAGAACUUGGACACAAAAGACGAAAUGGCGAGCUUGGGGUGUUCUAUGUCUGUCUUAACCUUUUUCUUCUUUGUAUUUGUUGGCUUAAUGUCUUCUUCAUCUGAAGCUUCCGUAAAGAAAUACCAGUUUGAUAUUCAAGUGGCGAAUGUGAGUAGAUUAUGUCAUGCAAAGCCCAUUGUAACGGUAAAUGGGAGGUUCCCAGGGCCAACUAUAUAUGUCAAUGAAGGAGAUAGAGUGCUGAUCAAUGUUACCAAUCAUGCACAAUACAACAUGUCGAUUCACUGGCAUGGACUUAAACAAUAUCGUAAUGGUUGGGCGGAUGGACCAGCUUAUAUCACACAGUGCCCAAUUCAGUCAGGAAGAAGCUAUACUUACGAUUUCAAUGUUACUGGUCAAAGAGGAACACUAUGGUGGCAUGCACACAUUCUAUGGCUGAGGGCUACUGUGUAUGGUGCAAUAGUGAUUAUGCCUGCACCUGGAACACCAUUUCCUUUCCCACAGCCAGACAGAGAGUUUGAAAUUCUCCUGGGUGAAUGGUGGAACAAUGACGUGGAAGAGAUUGAAAAUCAAGGGAACCGAAUGGGGUUGCCACCAAAUAUGUCAGAUGCACAUACGAUCAAUGGGAAGCCAGGACCACUAUUCCCGUGUUCUGAGAAGCACACAUUUGCAAUGGAAGUAGAACAAGGGAAGACUUAUCUUUUGAGAAUCAUCAAUGCUGCCCUCAAUGACGAGCUUUUCUUUGCCAUUGCUGGUCACACUUUGACGGUGGUGGAGGUUGACGCUGUUUAUACCAAACCCUUCUCCACUCAAGCUAUACUAAUUGCACCUGGUCAAACCACAAACGUUCUUGUCCAAGCCAACCAAGUUGCAGGUAGAUAUUUCAUGGCCACCAAGGCCUUUAUGGAUGCUCCAAUUCCAGUUGACAACAAAACUGCCACAGCUAUACUCCAAUACAAAGGCAUCCCAAACACUGUCCUCCCCAUCCUUCCACAAUUGCCAGUUAGCAAUGACACAAGUUUUGCUUUGAGUUAUAACAAGAAACUAAGGAGCCUGAACUCUGCUCAGUAUCCUGCUAAUGUUCCUCUCAAAGUUGAUAGAAAUCUUUUCUACACUAUCGGUUUAGGCCAGAAUUCUUGUCCCACAUGCCUCAAUGGGACUCGGAUUCUUGCUUCAUUAAACAAUGUAUCUUUUGUGAUGCCCAAAACUGCGCUUCUCCAAGCUCACUACUUCAAUAUCAAGGGGGUUUUCAGAACUGAUUUCCCUGACCACCCUCCAACCCCUUUCAACUAUACUGGUGCGCCACUAACCGCCAAUCUUGCCACUUUAACUGGCACAAGAGUUAGUAAGAUUGCUUUCAAUUCCACGGUGGAGCUAGUUUUGCAGGACACCAAUCUUCUCAGUGUUGAGUCACAUCCAUUCCAUCUUCACGGGUAUAACUUCUUUGUUGUUGGAACUGGGGUUGGUAACUUUGAUCCUGCCAAAGACCCUGCCAAGUACAACUUGGUAGAUCCUAUUGAGAGGAACACAGUUGGGGUUCCUACGGGCGGUUGGACUGCAAUUCGUUUUCGGGCAGAUAAUCCAGGUGUUUGGUUCAUGCAUUGUCAUUUGGAGCUGCACACUGGUUGGGGGUUGAAAACGGCUUUUGUUGUGGAAAAUGGACCAGGACAAGAUCAAUCUGUUCGGCCUCCACCGAAGGAUCUACCAACAUGCUAACCAUCCACGAAGAUAUACCCAAAGUUAAAUUCAAUAAAAAACUUUUAAAUAUUUUUACUUUAUUGUGUCUUUCUGCUCAACCUUGCUGUGAAAAAUGCAGAAGGUUUUUAACUGUGUGCUAUAAAAAGAGCAGGAACAAUAGUGAGGAGUGAUUUUUAGGAAUUCUUUCAAUUAAAUUUCAAAAAAAGAAUAAAUGUGUACUCUUUCGUUAUUCAAUGAGUAUUGCUUCUUCA